AUUAUAGCUUAGCACAAUUGUCUAUUCCGCACGUAAUGCUGGUGUUUGGCAGUCACGCGUAUCGAGAUUGUUGUGAGUUAUAAUUAAUGUGAACUUUAAAAAAAAUGGACGAAGAGAGUGUUUCCGCGCGAUUUACUUUCGAGGAAUCAUUCGAAGAAAAGGCGGAUCAACAUAACCCUUCUCCAAGAUGGAGUUUGGAUUAUCUAAGGAAUCAGUUUGUACUAUUUGAAGAGUUGUACAAGAAAUACAUUCGUCGCCUACAAUAUGGUUACUUUUCACUUUUUCUCAUCUUGCAAUUUUUACUAAGCACAUCGUAUUCCCUGGUCAUAUACUUUGAAAACUACGACCAUGUUUUAGAAGACAUCACACCUGAUAUAUACUGCUAUGGCAUCACAGCAGUGAUACCACUUAUAGCCAUCUUUUUCAUUGAAGAAACAAAGAUAGUUAUUGCUUCUUUUGUCGCGUAUGUAGGAAUCUACGCACUGGAUACCUUCCUACCGCUGUAUCAUUACCUGCAAUAUGAUGAAAAUAUGCGAACACCUUUUACCACUCAUUUAAUUAUUGCGUGCUAUAUAUUUUUUGCGUUUGAGGAAAUGAUGACAGCAAUUAUAACCGGAGCAAUAGUGACCGUGACACACCUGACGAUUUGUGGAACCAUUACGUUUCGAGACUUUGAAACCGGCGCACUUAUGCGCAAACUAGCGAUCGAAUUGCUUUAUUUCGGUUGCAUUAACGCAAUGGGAUGUUACUUUCGCUACAUGAAUGAAAUUAUGAAUAGAAGGAGUUUCUUGGUGAAGAAGGAUCAGACGAUUGAGAAGAUUCAACUCAAAGGCCAGCAGGAACAGCAGCGGAAUUUGUUGGAAGCUAUUCUGCCACUGGCUUUAUAUGAGAAGGAGCCGAAUGACCCUAAGAAAACAAAGUUGAGUUUUCUGCAGGAACACAUGAAUGGCACAAUUACCAAACCAUUUGAGAACAUGAAGAAGAUUAUUAAGCCCCAUAAGAACGUAACAAUUCUAUACGCGGACAUCGUGAAUUACACAGCAAUGACAACGCAAAUCACUCCCGCUUCUCAAUUUGUACAAGUCCUAGACGAUUUAUUUGGUGGUUUCGACGAAGAUUCAGAAAAGUUGCACGUGAUGCGAAUUAAAUUCUUAGGUGAUUGUUACUAUUGCGUGUCUGGUUUAGAACCCGAGCGGAAUUCCGACCACGCUAACGCGUGUGUGCAACUUGGAUUGAAAAUGAUCAAACGAAUUAAAGUCGUCGCAAAAGGUUACAAUAUUGAUCUCAACAUGCGAAUUGGUAUCCAUACUGGCAACAUCUACUCAACUCUCAUCGGACGCACCAAAUGGCAGUUUGAGAUUUGGUCGAAAGACGUUGAACUGGCCAACACGAUGGAAAGCACUGGUUUCACUGGCAAAAUUCACAUCACACAGGCAACGAUGGACGAGUUGAUGAGGCGCAAAGCAUUGGUGGCGCUUGAUCCAUCACUUGGCACUGCUGGUCCCAUGAAACACAUAGAGAAGAAAGAUUCAACUGACUCAACUGAUUCCACUGACGUUUAUUUUGUUUAUAAAACAAAUGCAAUUGAAUUUCAUAAGAAAUUAGCGUCGAGCACAACGAUGACUUACGUUAUAACACCCGAAGAGAUGACGGACGUCACAGACGUUUAUGAUUGUGCGAUUGCUUACGAUAUUAAAAGCACAUGUACAAGUUCACGAUCAUCGCGAAUCAAAUCAAGUCGAUUUAAUAAAAAUGUCAGCAUUGAUACUCGACCGCUGAUAGAAGAGCAAAAUACCAAGAAACCAAAAAAAGAACCACGUAAAGAUAGUGAGCGACGAUCCGGGCAGGUCACUAGUAUGGAAGAAUUCAGCAAGUAUGAAGAGACUACGGAUGAUACAAUCAAGGAAGAAAUUAAAAAGAUGCCACUAACUAAAUAUCAACAAUGGUUCAAAGAAGAGCAAAUCAAUCCGUUAUUUUUGGUGUUUAAAAACUGCCAGACUGAGCGCAGCUAUAUAUUACAGGAUGAUCCACUGUAUAAAUAUUACAUAGUCAGUGUUUUACUGGUUCUACUUUGCUUUAUUGUAAUUCGUUUUCUUGCGCUACCGGAAUGGCAUUAUACAACGCUGCUUAGCAUUUUCACCGCAUUGGCGCUGUCGCUUCUUGCACCUAUAUUAUUGCUACCUCGGCGCACACACCAUGGCCCGAUUAACGAAGAAGCUGACAAUUUGGAAAUUGGUGACACACUUCCCCGUACAUAUUAUAAAAUUUCCAACGUGUUUGCUAAGAGUACUCUGCUUAGAAUCACAGUGUAUGGGGUUUUAAGUGCGAUUUUCAUUGCCUGCUUUGUCAUUGAAUUGAUACACUGCGACUACCAUAACUUUAAAUUAUUGGAAGAUCCACAUCGAACUAUUACAAUGGAGGAGAAUGAAAAAUGCCUACAACCAUGGAAUAUCACGGAAAUAAUCAAUUUAAUAUUGAUUAUGAGCUUUCUCUUUCUCAACAUACACAUGUGGAUCAAAUUCCUCUAUGGAACAAUUGUCACUGCCAUGUACUGUUUGUGGAUAUGGAUCUAUGCCUACGAUUACUUUAACAACGAACCGUCCUUCCACUACAUGAUGCAGCCACCCGUCGCUCACAUCAUCAACAUUAUCUUCCUCACCACAACUCUACAUUGCAUCGACCGUCAAGCGGAUUAUCUCAAUCGGUUGGAUUACAAAUGGCAUUUGCAAUUAAUUCAAGACAAGGCGUCAUCGGUGGAAGCGCGCAAAGAAAUACUGCAUUUGUUGGAAAAUGUGAUGCCUUAUGAUGUAGCGCGUAAGUAUUUGAAGCGCAAAGGCGAUAAAAAUAGGCAGAAAUUAUACUACGAACGCUAUGAGACAGUUGCAGUCAUGUUUGCAACUGUUAUCGAUUCAAACCCUCUGCCGGAUGACGAAGAGAAACUAUACAUGGUUAUAAUGAAUCAGAUAAUAUCAGAUUUUGACCGUAUACUUCUAUCUGAUAAGUAUAAGGGUAAAAUAGAGAAGAUUAAGUUGGCAAAUUUAAAGACAUACGUUGCGUGUUCUGGAUUGGCGCCCGGUAAGAAAUUAUGGACGGAGAAAUCUGAGGAAGCUGCUGAGUUUGGUGUGCGUUCACGCAAACGUAUGGCAUCUGAUACAAACUUGAUUGAUUUGGCGGAUUUUGCAGCGGACAUUUUGAAAUCGGUCAAGGAACAUAAUAAAGAAAUGGCGCGAAAUUACUCGCUGAGAAUCGGAAUCUGCGAUGGAAGGCUCACAGCUGGUGUUGUGGGCACUAAUAAACCACAUUAUGACAUUUGGGGUGAUUGUGUUAAUCUUGCAUCACGCAUGGAUUCAUGCGGUGAACCCGGAAAGAUUCAAGUCGCUGAGAGUACCGAAAUGGUGUUUAGGCGUAAUAACAUAAGCUGCACGUUUAACAAGUAUCAAGAUGUCAAAGGAAAAGGCAUGUUAAACACAUAUUUUCUGGAUCUGGAUAUGAACGGUGAUAUUAUUAGGACUACUAUAUUUGAUGAGGAAGAUUAGAUAUAGAAUCAUGUGAAGUAGGUAGAAUAUUGAUUUAUCAUUAUGUAAAAGACAAAGAAGUUGCUAUACGCGUACCACAUAACCUCAGUUUAUAUGUUUUUAUAGAAAUCAAGAGGAAUUUUAACAAUUAUUAUGAAUUACAACUAUUUAUUAGCUAUAAAAGUUGCUGUUAAAUAUAAAUUUUUAAUUAUUUAUUGAUAAAUAAUUGUGAUAUUAAAGUUUUUCCAAAAUUAAGCAAAAGUACGAAUUGGAUAACUGGUUGCGUACGUACGUACAUAUCAGAUGUAACAUCAUAUUUUUUUUUAAAGGUAAAAAGGUUAAUUGAACUCUGCGAAAUAAUACGAUUCCAGUAAUAAUUAUUGAUUAACUAGCAAGAUUUACCUAUAUUUAAUUUACUGUAAAUACAUCUUGGCAAAUGAAA